AUGCUAAAAGCUGAAACUGCCCAUAUAACAGGUGUAAAAGGUAUAACUAAAAGUGAAAGAUGUUACACUUCAGUAACUUUAGAAAAAGAAAAAUAUAAACAUAUUGAACUAGAGACUCCAGAGAAAGAUGUUUCAAAGUCUAUACCUAACAAGAAAGUCUACGAGUUUUUGAAGCUAGUCAAGCACAACGAAUAUUCUGUGGUGGAGCAACUGAAUAAGAUGCCAGCCAGAAUUUCUCUACUAUCACUUUUUUUGAACUCUGAACCACAUCACAAUACCUUGUUGAAGGUAUUGAAUCAGGCUUAUAUGGCCUAUAAUGUAUUUGUGGAGUAUAUGAACCACUUGGUAGGGAAUCUAGUGGUGCCACAUCACAUCUCUUUUAGCGAUGAUAAGAUUUCACCUGAGGGUAAAAAAAGCACCAAGACAUUGCACAGCACUGUCAAAUGUAACGAUCACAUAGUAGCUAAGGUCCUUAUUGAUAAUGGAUCAGCUAUUAAUGUCAUGCCUGUGUCUACUCUAACCAAGCUGCCUUUUGAUAUACCCAUAUCCAAAACAGUUAGAUGGUGGUUUAAGCAUUUGAUGGAACUAGACAAGAGUGACACCAGCUUGGAAUUUUUGGAUAUCACUGACAACAGCUUUGGAGGGAUAUUACCUGAGUGCAUAAGCAAUUUGUCAACUGCUAUCACCAUUUUUGCUGUGGAAGGCAAUAACAUAGUGGGGAGAAUACCAGCAGGAUUUGGAAAUCUAAUCAACUUGGAGGUGCUGGUGGCAGGAGAAAGUCAAUUAUCAGGUUCCAUUCCAUCUGUGAUUGGCAGGCUUCAAAAGCUAAAAUUAUUUGAUGUAAGUAUUAAUUCUAUCUCUGGAUCCAUCCCCGCUUCAUUGGGAAAUUUAAAGAUGUUGAUCAAGUUGAGUCUAAAUAACAACAAUCUUCAAGGUGAGAUUCCUUCAAGUCUAGGCAAAUGUCAAAAUCUGAUUUUAUUAGAUCUUUCUAAUAACAAUCUCAGUGGUCCUAUACCUUCCCAAAUAGCUAAACUAUCAUCCUUGUCUAUCGGUCUAUCCUUAUCUUCGAACUGUUUGACUGGCGUGCUUCCCCUUGAAAUAGGAAAUUUAAUAAAUCUUAGUGAAUUAGAUGUUUCUCAAAACAUGUUAUCAGUUGUCAUUCCAAAUGAUCUUGGUAAUUGUGUAAGGCUGGAGGUACUACUGAUGAGAGGCAUUUUCUUCAAUGGAUCAAUUCCUUCAUCUUUGAGUUCAUUGAGAGGUCUUACAAAUUUAGACCUUUCUAGAAACAAUCUCACUGGUAAAAUUCCUGAAUUUCUUGUGACAUUUGGGGCUUUACACUACUUGAAUCUUUCUUACAACAAUUUCGAAGGUCUAGUACCAGUUGCUGGAGUCUUUAAAAAUUUAAGUGCUGCAUUCCUUGAAGGGAACAAAAAUCCAUUGUUAAGGUUAUCGUAUCAAAGCAUCUUAAAAGCUACUAAUGGUUUCUCAUCAGCAAAUUUAGUAGGCACAGGUAGCUUUGGUUUCGUAUAUAAAGGAAUUCUUGAAGAGAAUGGAACAAUUAUUGCUGUCAAGGUACUUAAAAUUUUGAUUCAUGGAGCUUCCAGGAGUUUCUUGGCUGAAUGUGAGGCCUUAAAGAAUGUUAGACAUCGAAACCUUGUCAAGGUAUUAACAGCAUGUUCUGGUGUGGACUUUCAAGGCACUGAUUUUAAGGCUCUUGUUUAUGAAUUCAUGGCUAAUGGAAGCCUAGAGGAUUGGCAACAUCCACCUGUUGGCAUGAAUGAAGGAGAGGAGGCAGCAAAAAGCUUGAAUUUUUUUCAGAGAUUGAAUGUGGCAGUUGAUGUUGGUUGCGCAUUGGAGUAUCUUCAUCAUCACUGCGAAACACCAAUUGUUCACUGUGAUCUCAAACCAAGCAAUAUUCUACUUGAUGAUGAAAUGGUUGGCCAUGUAGGUGACUUUGGCCUAGCAAAAUUCAUUCCAUCAGACAUACAAAAUAACACUUCAAGCCAGUCAAGCUCUCUUGGGUUCAGAGGAACAAUUGGUUAUGCCCCGCCAGAAUAUGGCUUGGGAUGUAAUGUGACAUCAUAUGGAGAUGUGUACAGCUAUGGCAUUCUUUUGCUCGAGUUGUUUACAGGGAGAAGACCCACUGAUGAAAUGUUUAAAGAGAACGUGAGCCUUCAUAACUUUGUUAAAACAGCUUUGCCAAAUCGAGUGGUUGAGAUUACAGAUCCCACUCGUCUUCAACAAAGUUUCGGAGGAGAAACAAUGAUGAACAAUACUUUAAAUGACAGCAGCCAAAAAGAAAACAGACUUCUUCAGAGCUUGAAUUCGAUAUUUGAAAUUGGAAUUGCCUGUUCUUUUGAAUUGCCAACUGAAAGAAUGAACAUGGCUAAUGUUGUUGCUGAGCUUUGUUCUAUAAGAGACAAGCUGCUUCCAACUCGAUCAUUAAGAACAAGAGCUGCAGCUUUGCCAAAUCGAGUGGCUGAGAUUACAGAUCCCACUCUUUUUCAACAAGGUUUUGGAGGAGAAACAGUGAUGAACAAUACUUUCAAUGAGAGUAGCCAAAAAGAUACCAGACUUCUUCGGAGCUUGAAUUCCAUAUUUGUAAUUGGAAUUGCCUGUUCUUUUGAAUUGCCAACUGAAAGAAUGAACAUGGCUAAUGUCAUGCCCCAAAAUCGAAACAUAACACGACCCUAUUACCUUGAAGUAAACCCCAAAGUAAUAUGA